AUGACCGCCGCCUUGGGGGGCCUGGAGGUUAGGGUGGCUAGGCCCGUCAAAAAGGCGGAAUUCCGCUUGACGGGGCUGGACAUAUCCGUUACCCCCCAGGAGGUAGUUGCGGCAGUUGCGAAAGCCGGGGGCUGCAUCGCCGAGUCCGUGAGGGUGGGGGAGCUGAAGGCCCCGCCCAAUGGACUCGGCACCAUUUGGGUGCAGUGCCCAGCCGUGGCGGCCUUGGCCAUCGAAAAGGCCAAGCGAAUUAGGGUGGGGUGGUCCCUCGCCCAGGUGGUGGUGCUGGAAGCCCGGCCGCUGCAGUGUUUCCGCUGUCUUGCCGUAGGGCAUGUGCGGCAGCGGUGCACUGCGGCGAUUGACCGGAGCGGGCACUGCUAUCGGUGUGGGAGCUCCACCCACAGGGCCGCCGAAUGCCGUGAGGCCCUGCACUGCGCGGUGUGCGCCGAGUUGGGCCGGCCUGCGGGACAUAAGGCGGGGAACAAGGCGUGUUCCCCGCCCCCAAAGAAGAAGAAGGGCCGAAGGGGGGUGGCAGGUGUGGCGCCACCCUCUGCGGCAGCUCAGGGAGGUGGAGGGGAUGCUACACUCCCGUCUACCUCCUCUGUGCCAGCUGCGAUGGUGGUGGAGGCCGUGGCGUCAGGGGAGGUGGUUUCCCUCCCCCUACCCACGCAGCCGUCUGAGGGAGGUCCUGUGACGGCCUAG